CGACCAUGCCUGGCGAAGCAACAGAAACAGUCCCAGUCACCGAGCAGGAGAUGCAGCAGCCUCAAGCGGAGACUGCUCCACCUCCUGUCCAAGCUUCCACCAAGCACCCUCAGGUAGCCAAAGGCAAAGAUGCCAAGAGUGGGCAGGGUUCUUCUGCCCCAAAGGCUGUACCUGGCAGAAGAAAACGUUCCUCUAUGUCUGCUUCUUCUUCCUCACCUACUUCACCUAAAUCUACUCCCUCUUCUACUCCUCGGUCACCUGUGGUGUCCCCUCUUGCCUUAUCUACUGCCAGCUCUCCUGCUAAUCGUCCCACUCCAAAAGUGGUUAAGGCUGGCAAACAAGGAAAGGCUAAGAAAGGAGAGUCCUUUGAGCCUGCUCCUGUCCAGGUAGAACAUAAGGUUACUGAAGUAAAGGAAAAGCCGAAGGAGUCUGUGGCUUCUGAAGCUAAAGUGCUACCAGUUGAAAAAAAAUCUCAGGCACCUCCUGCAUUCAAAGUCACUCCAAAGCCUGCUGCUGCAGCCCCAAUUUCCUUUUCAGAUACUAUUGCUUCAAGCCCCCCAAAAUCAGGUUUCUCAAAACAACCACCUCUUACAGUUGAUGAUGAGCUCCCUCCACUUAUUCCACCUCAGAAGCCUGUUAAAGAGCCUGUCUCUGCACCUCCUGUUGCCAAAGAGACUGGAAAACCUGCUGGGUCUCCUCCUGAGCAAAAACCUCAAGGUGGAUCUUCUGGUCAAGCAGAAGUCACUAAAGCCAAGACAAGUACUGAACCCAAGCCUUUGCCCAUUGAAGCUCCUAUGGCAGCAGUCCCAGUAAAGUCUGUAGCUAAAGAGCUCAAGAAGUCUGCUGCUGGCAAGACUGGCCAGGACAAACCUGCUGGUGGGGCUGCCAAGCCAACAGAUGAGACUAAAGUGAUCUCCAAUAUGGCUACUAAACAGGCUAAGGAUGGUAAAGUUUCACAAGAUACUAAGCCAAAAGCAGGUGUAAAGUCUGCACUGGCUGAUGCAGUACACCAGAAAGCUGAGCAGAUUGAUCCUAAAGAAACAGCUGCUGAGGUACCCAAACAGGCCAAACCCAUGGCCACUGAGGCACCUAAAACAGCUCCUGAGACCACUAAAAAGGCCAAACAGAAGGCUGCAGAGGCACCCAAGAAGGCAACACCCACAGUUGCUGAGGCACCUCAGCAGAAAGCUUCUGAGGCCACAAAAAUAGCUGAAACAACUCAGGAGGGCAAGGCGGCUGCCUCUGAGCCACCCAAGCAGCAGGCCAAGGUGACGGAGGCCACACCCAAGCAGCAGCAGGGCAAGGCGGCUGCCCCCGAGCCGGCGCCCAAGCAGCAGCAGGGCAAGGCGGCUGCCCCCGAGCCGGCGCCCAAGCAGCAGCAGGGCAAGGCGGCUGCCCCGGAGGCUGCGCCCAAGCAGCAGCAGGGCAAGGCGGCUGCCCCGGAGGCUGCGCCCAAGCAGCAGCAGGGCAAGACGGCUGCCCCGGAGGCUGCGCCCAAGCAGCAGCAGGGCAAGACGGCUGCUCCCAAGUCGGUUGCCUCUGAUGCACCCAAAACAGCUGAGGCUCCUCAACAGAUCAAGACUGAGCCCAAAAAGGUUGAAGCCAGUGAGGCACCUAAGCAGGCUGCUCCUGAGAAACCGGCAAAGCAGAAGCCUGAUGAGGCCCCUAAAUCAGCCAAACCAACUGCUGAUACACCCUCAAAACCUGCUCCGAUUGAGCCCAUAGUUCAGCCCCCAACUCCCCGUAAACUUACUUUUGCAGAGGCAGUUGCAAAGCCAGCACCUGUUAAACCUGAGGCUGAGAAAAUCAGCGCUGCUCCCUCUAAUCAAGUCUUGUCUCCUAAGCCUGAGCCAACCUCAGCCAAGUUGGAGCCUGUCGUCAAGAUCGACAAUGGAUCUGGCACAGAGUCGGACAGUGAUGACUCGGUUCCUGAGCUGGAAGAACAGGACUCUGCACAGACACAAACACAACAAGCUCAGCUUGCAGCAGCUGCUGAGAUAGACGAGGAGCCUGUAAGCAAAGCUAAACAGAGCCGCAGUGAAAAGAAGGCAAGAAAGGCAAUGUCAAAGUUGGGUCUUAGGCAGGUAACGGGUGUCACCAGAGUCACCAUUCGCAAGUCAAAGAACAUCUUGUUCGUCAUAACCAAACCAGACGUCUACAAGAGCCCUGCAUCAGACACAUACAUCGUCUUUGGGGAAGCUAAGAUUGAAGAUCUUUCUCAGCAAGCCCAGCUGGCUGCUGCAGAAAAGUUCAAGGUACAGGGAGAAGCUACAGCAAAGAUCCAGGACAACACACAGACGCCGACAGUACAGGAGGAAAGCGAAGAGGAAGAGGUCGAUGAGACCGGAGUCGAGGUGAAGGACAUCGAACUUGUAAUGUCACAAGCCAACGUGUCGCGAGCGAAGGCUGUACGGGCCCUGAAAAACAACAAUAACGACAUUGUCAACGCUAUUAUGGAGUUGACAAUGUAAUGGGAUCCAGUCUGCAGGAUCGAAGAAAGGUUGCCGUUUAAAUCUGAACUCGUUUAUACGAUUUAUACCAAGAUGGAAAUAAAGUUGUGUCUUGAUGAAAUUAAAA